AUAUCUCAACGCAAACGUAAACUGUCGCGAAAUCCGCGACCUCAAGAUAUAGCCGGUUUCGAAGACGAGGAAGAUGUGCAGGAAGCCAUCGAGGAUAACGAAGAAGAAGGAGCAAAAUCGGAUAAUGACGAGGAGCUGCUGUCAGAUGAUGAGUAUUUCAGUGGCUUUGUCAAGUAUAACCGCCAAAAGAAGAUGUAUCGAGCGCCUGAGGAACGUUUGAAGGACUGGGAUGAGGUUUACGAUUUCGAGUCUGUCAGAAGCAAUAUACGCGAGCAAGCUGCAAGGUCUGGCUAG